AUGUCCAGAAGACCCCAGCUAGAGGAAAUCGACGACGACGAAUUGGAAAAUGCCGACUUUGACUCCGCCCAAUUUGACUCAUCCUUGAGAACUCCGAUUGCUCCCAUCAAUAAACCUGUCAUCACCAGAUCGCAAGAUAACGACGAUUCUGACCCUCCAGUGGUUGCCCCAACGGCGGCAGCUACUCCACUCAAAAAGAGAGACGACAUCGUGGAUCCACAGAAAUUUUCUAGUGAGGAGAGAGAGCAGCUUCGCAAGUUCCAAGUGCUCUACCCAUGCUACUUCGAUAAGAAUAGAAGUCAUAGUGAAGGUAGACGAGUCAGCGCCGAAAAUGCCGUGGAAAACCCGUUGGCUAAGACUAUCUCCGAUGCUUGUCGCCAACUCAACCUUCCGGUGCUUCUUGAGUUGGACAAGUCCCAUCCACAGGACUUUGGUAACCCAGGAAGAGUGAGAGUGCUUCUUAAAGAUAAUGGAGUGGCUGGAAACAGCAGAAUCCCGAACAAACGAAAGUUGUUGAAUAUUGUUGCAGACUAUUUGAAGAGCCAUCCAACCACAUUGGCCAGCAUCGGUCCUGCCAGUGGAAUUCCAUACCCUAGAGAGUAUGAGGGUAACUUUGAGCCCGAAGAGAUUCCUAAGGUGAAGGGCUUCAAGAUGAACACAAUUGUGCCAGUGCACUCGAACUAUACGUUGAAGCAUCCAAUGACGAAGGUGAUCUAUGAUCCUGAGCCCGAGGCCAUCGAGGCUCCCAAACUUCCAAAACAGCCCAAGAAGAAGAUCAUGAAGAUCCGUGGGUAG